AUGUCCAUGGUCAUGACCGCAGAUGCCAGCCUCGCCAACUCGAACAAUCAUUUGGCUCCCGAAGAAGAUAACUCAAGCGGCUUCAAUGAACGAUGGGGGCGGGAGGCUGAAUUGAUGCAUCACUACUGUACCGUUACAGCGGAUACCCUAGCCAUGCGUGAGGAUAUGCGCCAUGUGUGGAAGGUUGUCAAGCCACGAGAAGGCUACGCGUGCGCCUUCGUUAUGCACGGCAUCCUUUCCAUAUCUGCACUGCACAAAGGUCUCUUGGUACCCAGUGAGCGCCAGCGGUACUUGGAUUUGUCAGCCCACUACUAUCUCAUAGGCUCGGAAGCAUUUAGAGCUUGUCUUCCUCAUGUAAAUAUGGAGAAUUGGAGGCAGGUAUUGUGUUUCACCACUAUCAUCAUACUCCACUGUCUAUCCUUGCCGGCAAGAUCCGGAAAGCAAGGUCUUCAGACGCCAAUCAGGCGAGUUCUCGAGCUGUUUUCUGUUGUUCGAGGAAUCCGUGCGACAAUUGACCCAUUUACGCGACUCAUCACUGCAUCUGAGUUUGCACCAAUCGUGUAUGGGAUUUGGCCUCCAACCGAUGUUAAGAAUACACAGAGGUAUGUAUGCCUGUUCAUCUUGCAGCCGCAUAUCUUGCAUUCGCCCUUUCAGUUCAUUGCACGCCUUGACAUACGCAACGUGGUCCAAUCGCUUAUCCUUUUCACUCCUAGCCUCCUUGAUGUUAGCCAUUGUGGUUUGCCUGUCGACACUUUUGACGCUCUGCAAAGACUGCGCUCACUAAGCAUAUCGAGCGUCUCAAGAACAUCAGCCUCACCAUAUUCGGCAGGCGAUAGCGAGCAUUAUACCGCCGCCAUAGAUGGUCUGGAGACAGCAACCAGACUCAUUGCUUGGGGUGGUGCUCAUGCGGAAAUCGGCACCGUUCUAUACUGGCCCUAUGUAUUGGAUCAAUCCAUCAUGGCUGAUAUAGAAGCCUCAGAGCCCGCUGCACUUGUUAUUUUGGCACAUUUUGCGGUGCUUUUCAAGUGCCUAGGAAUGAAGCACUGGUACACAAAAGGAUGGACAGAGCGCUUGUUCAAAGAUAUUGACCGUCAAUUAAUUAAGUGGGAAGGACGUGCGUCGUGGCUCGAGUGGCCAUGUAAACACAUUUAUUGUACGGAGCCAUUUUGA